AUGGUCCAGCAACAUGAGGCCCCAUUGCGCUUUGCCCAAGGCAGUCAACAUGCUGACCUCGCCGUACCGGAUCAAGAUAAUAUCGAGAGCUUACUGGCAGGCGACGAUAAGGUCAGAGUAGCAGGAGUCGAUGCAGAUGGUAUUCUUCGUGGUAAGAUCAUGGACAAGGACAAGUUCUUGUCUAGCGUUACCACAGGAUUUGGGAUGAGCUCCGCCAUAUUCGCAUGGGACAUUCACGACGUUCUAUUCACAACCGAUACGAAGAUUGCAACCAGUGAAGAUGGCUUUGCCGACUUCGUUGCGUACCCCGACCUCCAAUCGUUUAGGAGGUUGCCCUCGGAGGACAACAUCCCCUUCUUUCUUUUGCGGUUCUGUGUAAACGACAAGCCAGUAUUCGCGUGCCCAAGAAGCAUGAUCGGCCAGCUUUGUGACAAGUUGGAAGCAGCUGGCUGUAAGGCACUUGCCGGAGUUGAGCUCGAGUUCAUGAACUUCCAAACACCCUCCGAAGAUGGAUAUGGAGCGCCGGAGGGAAGACGAAAUCUGGCCGUGUUCCUUGAGAAGAACACGCCAGGAUCAUUACGUCCUCUGACCUCAGGCAUGUUUGGAUAUAGUACAUCUCGUCCCGUUGCCUCUAAGAGAUACUUCCACGAUAUCUUUGACUUCAAUAAGAAAGCGAACUGUACUCUUGAAGGUUGGCACACAGAGAGCGGCCCUGGAGUUUUCGAAGCUGCACUGAAAGUCAGUCCGAUAGAUCAAAUGGCCGACAAAGUCUCCAUUUUCAAGUUGAUCACCAAAUCAUUAGGCAUCGAGCAUGGAGUCACACCAUGCUUCCUCGCUAAGCCUACCCAAGGACUACCCGGAAACUCUGGUCACAUCCACAUCUCCCUCACCGACCUGGAUGGCAAGAACAUCUUCGCCCGUGAAGGCCCUCCAGACGCAGCUGCGACGUGGACCGAUAUUGCCCAGUUAUCUGAUCUCGGCCGACACUUCCUCGCGGGUAUUCUCAUAGCACUACCAGACAUCAUGCCUCUUCUGGCGCCUUCCAUCAACUCGUACAAGCGCCUGGUAGAGAAUUACUGGGCUCCUGUCGACAUCACCUGGGGCCUCGAGGACCGUCUUGCAAGCGUGCGCCUUAUCGCUCCACCAGUAUGCAAACCUUCGGCAACUCGAUUCGAAGUUCGCAUUCCGGGAGCUGACUUGCAUCCGCACUACGCGCUUACUUCCAUAGUGGCUGCCGGAUGGCGCGGAGUCGAGAAGAAACUGGACAUACCUGUUCCACCAGCCAAGAUACAGCGUAGAAAUGGCAGGCCAGAGUUGCUUCCGAAUUCCUUGCAUGAUGCGACAAUCAGAUUCAAAUCUUCAGAGAGCUUGGCGAGGGAGCUCUUUGGUAAUGAUUUCGUCGACUUCUACGCGGCUACUAGGGAGCAUGAACUGAGGGUUUGGAAGGAGGCAGUCACGGACUGGUAA